AUGUUUGCCCAGUCUGGCCAAGCCACUAUCGGCCUCUACGUUGGCCAAGGCCUCCAGAGUCAAGUGAUUGGCUCUUCUGCCCUCAAGCUCCUCGAGGAUAACCUUGCCAACUUGAAUGUCACAACGCCCACAUUGGCCAUGCAAUUCUGUGGUCCGGACCUUGGCGGCGCCCAUUCGUUUGGCCUGAUGGUAACAAGCAACGCCACUUUUGGUUCCCUCCAGAACGCUGUUCAGUCCUGGGCGAAUGGAACUUGCCUGUCCUUUUCACAGUCCACCAACAUGACGGGCCAGGUCUUGUACACAACGCCACUUGACAAGUUGGCUGAUGCCAAAAACUCUACCAAGCCAUCCAAGCUCGCCAUCACGAACAAUCGGCAUUCCAGACGUCAUCAGCAUCUUCAUGUCCGUGCCGAGUGCAAGACUAUCCAGGUCAACUCCGGCGAUAGCUGCGCCAAGUUGGCAAGCAGAUGCGGCAUCUCGGCCAGCGACUUUACCAAGUACAACCCGGGAUCCAAGUUCUGUUCCGAGCUGAUGCCCAAGCAGCAUAUUUGCUGCUCCAAGGGAGACCUCCCUGACCUCCGACCCCCCAAGAACUCUGACGGAUCUUGCCAUGCCUACAAGGUUCAGGAGAACGAUAACUGCGCCAGCAUUGCUAUCGAGAACGGUCUCAAAAUGGAAGAUCUUGAAAAGUUCAACAAGAAGACCUGGGGCUGGGCUGGGUGCGAGCGCCUAUUCUACAAGACUGUCAUGUGCUUGAGCGAGGGUGACCCCCCCUUCCCCGACCCCAUUUCCAACGCUCAGUGCGGUCCGCAGAAGCCAGGUACCGAGAAAUCCAAGGACGCCACUGAUAUCUCUGAUCUCAACCCCUGCCCCCUGAAUGCCUGCUGCAACAUCUGGGGCCAGUGCGGUAUCACCAAGGACUUUUGCACUGAUACUAAUACUGGUGCGCCUGGAACUGCCAAGGAAAACACCAACGGCUGCAUCUCCAACUGUGGUACCAAGAUUGUCAAGGGCAGCGGCGAUGGUUCAGUGCGUGUUGGAUACUUUCAAGGCUACGGAAUUGGCCGUGACUGUCUCUAUCAGGAUGCUUCUCAGAUCGACGCGUCAAAGUAUACGCAUUUGCACUUUGCAUUUGGCACUCUGACCCAGGACUUUGAUGUUGAGGUAGGCGACAAGCUCUCCCAAUAUCAGUUUCAAGAGUUCAAGCGCGUCAAGAAUGUCAAAAAGAUUUUGUCUUUCGGUGGUUGGGACUUUUCGACCAACCCCGCCACCUAUGCCAUCUUUCGCGAGGGCGUCAAGCCUGCCAACCGCCUCACUAUGGCUACCAAGAUUGCCAAUUUCAUCAUCAAGAAUGACUUGGAAGGUGUUGAUAUCGACUGGGAAUACCCUGGAGCGCCUGAUAUCCCCGGCAUCCCGCCAGCUGAGAAGGAUGAGGGGAAGAACUAUCUCGCCUUCCUCGCCGUCUUGAGGAACCUGCUGAAGGGCAGGUCUUUGUCUAUCGCUGCUCCUUCUUCCUACUGGUACUUGAAGCAGUUCCCAAUCAAGGACAUUGCCAAGGUUUUGGACUAUAUCGUCUACAUGACGUAUGAUCUCCAUGGCCAGUGGGACACAGAGAAUGCCUUCUCGCAGGAAGGGUGCGACUUUGGUAACUGCCUCCGCAGCCAGGUGAACCUCACUGAGACUCAAUACUCGUUGGCGAUGAUCACCAAGGCAGGUGUCCCAAGCAACAAGGUCAUCGUAGGCGUCACCAGCUUUGGUCGAUCUUUCAAGAUGGCCGAGGCGGGUUGCUACGGACCGGAGUGUCUCUAUACUGGCGACAGGUUGAACUCGGGUGCAAAGAAGGGGAAAUGCACCGAUACCGCCGGUUAUAUUGCUGAUGCUGAGAUCGGCGAUAUUCUCAAGGAUACAAGCCGUGUUGUCAAGCAUUUUGUCGACUCGACCAGCAACAGCGACAUUCUCAUCUACGAUGACACCGAGUGGGUCUCCUACAUGAGCAGCAGCACCAAGAAGGUUCGAGAGAAUCUCUACAAGUCAUGGGGCAUGGGCGGAACUACUGAUUGGGCUGUUGAUUUGCAGACUUAUCACGACGUUCCCAAGCCAGCAAAGAGCUGGGCCCUGUUCAAGGAAGCUGUCAGCCAAGGGAAGAACCCCAAGGAAGAUUUCACUCGAACCGGCAACUGGACAGACUAUUACUGCACUGACCCUUUCGUCAGUCGCUCAAAGGAGUACACUGUGAUCGAGCGGUGGAGAGGGCUGCAAGCUGAUGAUGCAUGGAAAGAUGUCAUCAGAACUUACAAAGACACGGACAAAGACGGUGGCCUCAUUUUCUCGGAUUCGGUUGCCCAGACUCUCAAUACUGGAAAUGGUGUGGACUGCGGAUCGAUAUCGGGGGCCGGCUGCAACACUAAAAGCACCUGCUUGAAUGGAAUGGACGCGGAAGAUUCCGGACCUGCUGCAGAGAUGAUCUGGGAUUCGUUUGUCUAUCUCCAUGAGAUGUUUGCGGCCUUUGACUUUGCGCUGUACAAGGCAGCGACCGGCAUCAGCUUCUCCCUCGACGACUUUGGGAACAAGUUUGCUCCAAUCCCUGAGGAGGAGGACAACACAUGGCUUCUGGUCCUGAUCGAUCUUGUCACUAUCGGAACCGCCACCGCUGCUGGGCCCUUUUUCAACUCGUUCCUUAAGAAGCUCCCAUACUUUGCCGCCAACGCCGCCACCCACGACAAUAUCAAGGAUACAACCAUGACGCUGAUUGGCCAGAGUACAACUCUGGCCAAGGACUUGCUGUCAUCUAAAGACUCUGACUGGACACCGGAGAAGCAGGCUUCAUUUAACAGUUAUAUGGGCCAAAUAAUCAAAUAUUGGUCCGGUGCUAACGUUAACGCACUACGCUGGAUUUUCGACGGCACAGAUGAGGCAAUUGAUACACUAUGGAACCUCAUCUCUGACGGGAAGCUGGUCGGGGGCCCCUUGUAUAAUGGGGAAAGCACCCUAAAGCAGGAAGAUGAUCUCCAAGCCAACAUUGAGAAGUCCUUCUACGGGCUCAACAUCCCUACCCUCUGGCGACUUUCCGGGACGUAUGCCUUUGUUCUCGACUCAGGUUAUAACUGCAAUGAGGAAUACCCUGUCAAAGACUAUCUCGACGAAGACACCAUGGACGCCACCAGCGUGUGCUACGAAGGGAGACGUUACUAUUUGGUAUAUCCCAAGGGUGACUCCGAAGAAUGCUCUUGUUCUUAUAUCCAUACCCACUGUGAGAGGACUUGUAAGAACAACAAGUUCAGUGCGCCGCCCGGCCUGGACUCGUUGGACGGCACGUUGUUUGGAGGCAUCACGAAAGAGGACCUGAUCAAAGGAUCCGUCCGCACUUAUAACAAGAAUGGGAAAAAGAACGUGGCGGGUGAUUGGGACCCUACCGGCGAUGACAGUACCUUCCGGGACCUUCUUGAUGUCGACAUCACGACCCCAGGCCUCGUGCGUCUCCCUGUAUGUAGCCCUGAGCGCGCAUUUCAAUCAUGGGAUACGGCCUCCAAGGGCUCCAGCCCCUCCUAUCCGUGCGACAUCCCCCCCGGCAAGAAUGAGUGCGGAGACUCGACCUUUGUGAACGAGACGAGCGACAAAUCCCCAUUGGUGAAGGAUUGUGAGUCCAUCAUCAAGAACAUUGAAGGAGACGGCGGCACCAAGUGGACGACGCAAGUUGCGGGCAAGAAUCAGCGCAAGAUUGCGGCCGCUGGCACAUGCGCGUUUGGAGUCGAGGCUACCAAGGUCGAUGGAAACGUGAAUUUUGCUUUCGGUGGACAGGAUCUCAUCGACAUCAACACUUCCGUUGAGAAGUAUAGCAAGGACGGCAAGAUCGGUGCCACGGGUGAUUUGCACUGCAGCGGUAAUGUGAAGCAACAGCCUGUUCACUGGGCUAUCUAUCAUACCUGA